AUGGCCAAUUCCGCCCACAGUACCACACGCAGAACCAGCAUUCGAGCUCCGAAAGUCGGGCAUAAAAAGUCUAGGAAAGGCUGUCAGACUUGUAAAUCUCGCCGUGUCAAGUGCGAUGAGGCGACUCCUGAAUGCGGCUCCUGUGUGCGCCUAGGGCUGGCAUGCUCCUAUGCACCGGUCGAGCCUACGCGGACAAGGCCCAAGUCACAGUCAGAGGAAGCCACCGCCAAACCAGCCAAAUCCGAUCCAGCAGCAUCCGCCAGCCCACCUGUUGUCAAUGGAGCGGCAGGGGCACACUUAUGCUCCACGCCUCCCAUACAAGAUCCUUUUACGGAGGAAUCGGAGCCAAGGCGAUACAUGGAGCUUCGUCUUCUGCAUCACUGGAUGGUCCAUGUUUCACGGCCUUUUGGAAUGACCUCGCCUCCUGAAUGGAAGGAGCUUUGGUACGGAGAGGUGCCUCAGAUUGCUUUGGCUCAUAAAAACGUGCUCUACGCCAUGUUCACGAUGACAGCAACGCACUUGAUAGGUCGCGGCGCUACUGAUGCAGCGCUCUACCAUGCCCGUGAGAAGUACUGGGUUUGGGCUCUGCAGGAACAGCGAUGCGCUGUGACGGACCUUGACAAUUCCAACACGGACGCCGUGGCGUUUGCUGCACUACUCAUCAGCGUGAACGCUUUGGCCAUGCUUCAAGAAAGGAGCUUGGAACCGUAUUCGCCCCCCAUUGACUGGCUUGAGGUUGGUCGAGGUGCUUUCACGGUUCUUCCACCUCCUGAAGCGGUUGCGGAAGGCACUGGUCUCAAAAUACUGAUGGAAAACACCGCCAACAUCUGGCAGAUGACACCAACCCUCGAUGCUGAUAUGAGGGAGGAAUUUGGCUCGUUGCUCGAUCGAGAAACCCCAUCGACAGACGUCUGGGACGAUCCCGAGACCGUAGAAGCUUACGAGACAGCACUGCACUACAUAUACUCUUUUCGGCGUGCGGUCCUGGCUGGCGAGCCCGCCGAUAUCAACCUGAGAUGGAUCUGCAUGUUUCCGUUCAUGGUGCCAAGAAAGUUCGCGGAAUUCGUCAGCCAAGGGCGGCCACGCGCUCUCGUGAUACUGGCUUACUUCUUCGCGGUCAUUGCUCGUACCGAGGCUCUGCAGUACCUGGGCAAUUCUGGCGAUCGCACAACUCCAAACCGGGAAAUCUACGCAAUCAGAAGAGUUUUACCAGAAGAGUGGCUCAGUCUCAUGACGUGGCCAUUGAACGAGAUUGCGGUGAUAUGA